GAGUCUAUUUUAUGGAAGGAAGUGACGGCAUCGGACAGCGAUGCCGCCUCGUUUCUGCCUCCCGGCUUCCUGGCGUGGUUUCUUCGAGAAUGAGAGUGAGGGUUAAUGAGAAAAUGACAGGCCUGCAGCCAAACUAAGGCGUUUACUGCAAAAAAAGAUCUUGGGCCAUGAGCUGAUGCCCCUCCAGCGCACCUUCAUUUCCAAGGCUUCUUCGUUUCCAGGAUGGCCGCCAAGCUGGCCCAGCGCUGGUUCCGUCUCUACAGGGUCUCCUCUCCAUUGUGCCUCCAGGCCAGCGCCGGUUCCGCUAGAAUCCAAGUGGCGAGAGUCUCAUCCCAGCUGCCGCUCGCCUUAGUGACCACCUGUAGCGGCUCAGUGCCGGCAGACAAGCCCUCUGUCAAGGAGCCGCCUAGGACGCCCCCGGAGCUCAGCCCUCUGGAUCACAUCAUCGGCAAGACCCCCACGGCCGAGGAACUCUUGCGCUUAGUGGACCUUUACCCCAUCAAUGGAAACCAGGCCGCCCUGAUUAUAACGCGGCUCUCCCGGAUGGUGACCGAGAAGAAACUGGACCCUGGGAGCUUUAUGGAAGACGCCCGCUUUCAGCAGCUGCUUCAGACCGUGCACACGCAGGUGUCUCGGGUGUGGAACGCCGCCUUGGCCAACCUCCUGCGCAGCCUCUACCUGCUGGGCCUGGACCGGAGCCGGAAGGAGCUGUUGUCUGUGGAGCAGGAGGUGCGCUGGCGUCUGCGGAGGCUGACCUUCCGGCACUUGGCCGCUCUGGCCGAACAGGUGGCCGCCGGGGGCGUGGAAGGAGGGCAGCGCGUGCUGCUGAGCGACCUAGUCAAGCAGCUGGAGCUGCGCUGGACGGAGAUCGAGGACACCAGGACUGUGGUGGCCCUGAUGGGCAAAGUGGGGGCGCUCUCCCCCGUCCUGAUGGAGCGCCUGGAGGACAAGGGCCUGGAGAUGGCCGAGCAGUUCACUCCGGAGGAUACCCGGAAGGUGGCCCUGGCCCUGGCACUCCAGAACCGCCGCUCCGUCCCGCUGCUCCGGGCCUUGUCCUACCACUUGGUCCAGAAGCAUUUCGCCCUCAGCCCUGCCGUCCUCCUUGACCUGGCCUUUGCCUAUGGGAAGCUGAAUUUCCACCAGACGCAGGUGUUCCAGAAGAUCGCCUGCGACCUCCAGCCUCGCAUCCCUGAGCUCUCUCCCACAGAUGUGGUGCGCUGCGUCAAGUCCUUUGCUUACCUCAAGUGGCUCAACCUGCCCCUCUUUGAGGCCGUUGCGCAGUACGUCGUGGACAACGCAGGCAAAAUCACCCCGGUCCAGCUGAGCAACGUCAUCCUCGCUUUCGCUCGCUUGAAUUUCCAGCCGAGCAGCAGAGAGGCCUUCUAUAAAGUGGUCCACGGAGGGCUGGACGACUGCCUGGACGACCUGGAGCCCCACCUGCUGCUGGACCUGGUCUGGUCGCUCUGUGUGCUGGAGCAAGCCCAGGCCGCCCACCUGCGGAAGGUGCUGGAGCCCGCCUUUCGUGCUCGCUUCCUAGGUGACCGGUCCCCAAAAGGCCGGAACUACCAGCUGAAGCUGCUGCACAUCAAUGCCACGGCCCGCCUGGAGCGCCCCGACUACGAGGGGCCCUUCCUGCCGAUGGAAGAGGGGGCCCCGCAGGUCAAGGAGCUGCAUGGGGAGCGGAAGGCCAGCCCUUUGCAGAGCGGCCUCCGGGAAGCGCUGAGAAACGUGGCCGGAGAGGAAGGGAAGGUGCGCUUCGAGGUGGACACCCCCUGGGGAUGGCAGCUGGAGGCCGAGAUGGUCCUUGACGGCGACAACCGGCCUUUGCCUUUGGCAGAUUUCCCUGCUGCUCCUCCUCUGCCCAAAUCGGGGGCACCCAAGCCUCUUCUUUCGGGGGUCAAGCGGCUGGCCUUCCUGACCUGGGAGUUCCCCAACUUCAGCAACCGGAGCAAAGACCUGCUGGGGCGCUUCGCCAUGGCCAGGAGGCACAUCCAGGCCGCCGGCUUCGUGCCCGUUGACGUCCCUUAUUACGAAUGGCUGGACUUGAAGUCGGAGUGGCAGAAGGCAGCCUUCCUGCGGGACAAGAUGAGCAAGGCGGUGGCCGAAGAGAUGGCCAAGUGACCAUCCGAGGGAAGAAGCCAACGGGAGUUCUGACCCCAGGAUGCGUCCUGUGUGCAUCUCUGGGCAUGCCUUUCUCGCGGUGUAUAUACAUGUGGAUUACGAAUAAAUGUACAGCCGUGA